AUGAGCUCCCCUCCAACAGUUCCAUCAUCAUGAUCCCACUCGCUGACAGCUAUCGGUUAUUUGGUAUUUUACCCCACUCGUUUAAGCAGGUAUUCCUACCUAGCCAGUACUCAUUGCUCGGCACCUAAGACUCAACCUGUACUUUCCUACAAUCCCCUUUGCAGAAAUGGCCAUUGAAGCACUUCCAAGCUCAACUCAAAUCCUUGUUGUCGGCGGCGGACCCGCCGGAAGUUAUGCUGCUGCUGCUUUGGCUCGAGAAGGUUUUGAAGUCACUCUUCUCGAAGCCGUGAAGUUCCCUCGAUAUCAUAUUGGCGAGAGCUUACUUCCGUCGGUCCGCCGUUUCUUGGGAUUUAUUGGUGCAGAGGAAAUGAUCAAGAACCACGGGUUCGCAGUUAAGCCUGGCGCUGCAGUAAAGUUGAAUCAGUUCAAGCGAGAAGGAUACACAGAUUUCGUUGCGCUAGACCCAAAUAACGGGUCUUGGAAUGUGGUUCGAUCAGAAUUCGACGAUUUGCUAUUUCGCCAUGCUGCGAAGUGUGGCGCGACUGUGUUCGACAACAUCAGAGUCACUGAACUUCAGUUCCAGGGCGAAAGACCUGUUUCAGCCAACUGGAGAAAUACCAGCACAGGAGUAGAGGGCUCUAUCUCUUUCGACUACCUUGUUGAUGCGUCGGGAAGGAACGGGAUGAUGUCCACAAAGUACCUCAAGAACAGACACUAUAACAAGGCCCUCAACAACGUUGCAUGCUGGGGAUACUGGGAUGGGACCGGCUCUUACAUGCCGGGUACCACUCGCCAGAAUGCUGUCUGGGUCGAAGCACUUGAAGAUGAGUCUGGAUGGGCUUGGUUCAUCCCUCUUCACGACGGAUCCACGUCUGUUGGAGUUGUGAUGGAUCAAGAGUCGAGCAACCGUAAGAAGAAGGCAAACCGUGCAACCUCAAGCGGAUCCGAAUCAAAUCUUCAGACUCAUUAUAAGGAAGAAUUAAACCGAGCUCCUGGUGUCCUCAAAUUGAUCGGAAAGGGCACUCUUCGAAAUGAUGGCAAACCGGAAGCUGUGAAAUCUGCGAGCGAUUUUAGCUACUCUGCUUCCUCCUAUGCCGGGGAUCAUUUCCGCGUGGCGGGGGAUGCUGGAGCAUUCAUUGACCCAUUCUUCUCGUCUGGAGUCCAUUUGGCUAUGACAGGAGGACUUUCGGCUGCUCUCACGAUUGCUGCGUCGAUUCGGGGACUAUCCAGCGAAGAUGAUGCCCAGCGUUGGCACACCUCAAAGAUUGGCAGCUCUUACACGAGGCAUGUGGACUUGGUCACUGGAGUGGUAGCAGCUAACGUUAUGUUUCUUCUUGUCGUCCUUGGGACCUACAAACAGAUCCGCAAUCAGGCUAUGCCAGUCAUGAGCGAUGUGGAUGAGGACAAUUUUGACAAAGCCUUUGAUAUCCUCAGGCCGGUGAUUCAAGGAACAGCAGAUGUCGGUAAGACGCUAACAGAAGACGAACUCCAGAAAACAAUGGACUUCUGUCGUCAUAUAUUUGCACCGACUGAUCCCGAGAUGCACUCGGCAGUCAAAGCUAGAUUGGAUCCUGCCCUAACAUCCCCAGACGCACCCGUUUUGUUAGAACAAGAUAUCGAUCGCUUGAUCGGAGAUACUGAUGAGGAAGCCAAGAUCGUUUUGAGUGAGAUCAACGCGCGGAAGCCCAUCCAUACGAUGUACAACCCCACGGAGAACUUUGGUGAAGAGGAACACUUUGGUUUCAAAGCUGUCCUAGAACGAGGCAAAUUGGGUCUGGUGUCUACGUAGGCGUUGCUAGGGCUAGUGGUGCGGAGUCGUGAUGUUUCACGACUCCUGUCGUGAUUGUAGAAUCUAUUUAGAUGGAGUAGUGGUACCUGGGGGGUGUCCUAUAUAUAUUAAGAUUUAACUAUGCUCCCUCCAAUAUUGAUGAGAAAGCCAAAUGAGGUUAGUAGAG